AUGCACUUUGCUCUGACUAAGCUUGCAAAACUAGUGAUAGCAGAAUGGCCACUACGAAAACUAAUAAUAGACGAGGGCUUUGAUGAACCUACACAACAAUAUCCAGACAGGCAACACGGUAACACGUCCCUUUACUACGAGGGCCGAGCAGCCACCAUAGCAGUCAGUGAGGAGUCUGACCAGGUUCGAUCCCAGAAUGAAGGGGUUAAUCAAAGAUUCUAUCAGCUGGUCCAAUGUGCAGGUUUACGAAUGCUUAAGAGCCAAACAGAUGGGUAUAAAGAAGUGUGUGUUGGAGAACAAACCGACCAUUCCCGGCGUAAACGAUCACUAAGGUCACGCAGAUCGACUGGAUCUGGUUUUGAUUCUAAUUGCAAAGAUUCCAUCUGGCCAUGCAUCGACUUAUUUCAUGGCAUAUUAGCAGAUCUGACUAUUGAUUUUUCAAGGAUAUCUUCUAAAAUAGAAGAGUUAGAUUUAUUUCAGUCCGGAACUACAGAGUAUCCUUCACAGAAAACAGUUGAAGACGUAUGUGGUGAUAUCGACGAAAUUUACUCCAGAGAUAAUAUGAUACAAAUGCAAAGACUACUCCAGUAUCCAUAUAAUGAUUUUGAGUUCCAAUCGGAAGGCUCUAGUGGACAAACGUGUGGGUCUGAAACAAGACGAUGUGUUCAGGAUACCUCAUAUAGUUAUUCUUCUGAUCCUUUGCGAUGGCCAAACAGCAGGAUCAUGACACCGAGACUAGCCUCUAGACUUUCUUUGUUCAACCGAUAUCUUAUAGAAACCGACGUCAUAAACCCAUGUUUCAAUUCUUUAAAAUACUGUGCCGGUGUCUGCAUACCUGAGGAGUGGUCUUGCGCAGGUAACUCGAGGAGGAAACGGCAAACCGGGAACUAUCAGAAAAUGCAACGGGGUAUCAGGACAAAACGGUCAGCAUUUACAACGAGCGAAAUUCUGACAAAAUACCAAAACAACGGAAGGGCUAUACAGAUCGACCUUUCCAAUAUGAACGUUACCAUGGAGUAUGCCGCCAGUCUGGCUGUGUUUGCGGGAUUUGAUUUUGUUGCAAUCCGCGAAUCCUAUCUGGAUGUUUACGUUAAAAAUCAGGCAGGGAUUUGGACAAGCAUAACACCGUUUCCGCUGGUUAAUCUAAUUGAUGUGAAUCAUCCUACCAAUAGCGGCGACGAAUAUGUUGUCACUGACGAACGACUACCAUUGUAUGACGGAUAUAAAACUGAGCUAAAGUUAUCUGACUGCUAUUCAGUAUCAGACAUUCAGAACCAAGGAACAAAUAAGCGUUAUUUCAGAUUUGAUUCAAUGCUUCUUCAGUGUCUAGAUGAAGCCAGCUAUGAGUAUGGGUCGUGUAUUCCGAUAGUGAAAGGUUCAGCGUAUAGAACCAUAUCUAUUAAUGACAUCAAUAUCGAAGAGAGACAUAUUGAAGAAAGACAGAAAUUUCCUCGCGGGAAAGCCGUAGAAAUCAUCCCAGUCAACACGAUGGAAGACGAUCCUAUGUAUGAGUUGGGGAUUACGGUUGUAAGAACGUGCACUGCUCUUCUAAGAUUAAAACAGAUGAAAAUAGGCAUAGGGACUCACUCUGACCGUCUGUAUUUGGACAUUCGAGAAAGCACUGGUCCGAGAGAUCUCCUGACAUUGUGGAACGUUGAUAAUCUUCAUUUGUACAACAGAAUGAAGCAGGUACAAGACGAUCUCUUUGCUGGUGGACCUAUGAUCAGACCGACAGAUAUUAGACUGGCAUGCAAAGACCCACCACUCGGGGAACCCUUGUACUAUAUAAGACAACCAGCGAGCAUACUGAACACCUGUAUAUUUAACAAUCAAGACUUUUGUGAAGAAACCAUGGCAGCAAGGGAAAAAGCAGUGAAAAAGUUACUCGAUAAUCUUGUCAGUGUGGUCGGUUCAGGGCAGUUUUCAGAAUCAAGUAUCAGAGAAGAAGCUGAAAGAUGUUUCAUAACCAAUUGUGGAGGAUGUCUUGGGCGAGGAAGUAUAUGGACGGAAAAAACAAAGAGUUGCAUGUCAUUUAUAAAGACGUUCCUGUCAGCCUUGUCCGUUCCGUUUGGAGGAAGCCUCAAUGAUAAUGCUGUAUUCUACAACAUGGAUCGUCCAUCCAACAUUUCGUCUGUUGCCUGUGACAGCGGUAACGUCUGUUUCCAGGACAUGCAAUUUUAUUCCAUAUUAAUGGAGACUUUAGAGGAGACCUACCAGCCAAACCCUGACAUGGACGUAGAGGAAGUGCUUUAUGGACCAUCAGACAAUCCACUUCCGGUUCUAGAUCUUCUUGACCAAGAAAGGGCGAUAUCUGCCAGUGGUGUUGUUAAGAUUUACCUGACAUCUAAAGAUGACCUUAUUGCACUCUAUCCAAUACUAAAGAUACUGAUGACUUACAAUCGUAACGUAAAGGAAGUAGAAUUUAACUUAGCGGAUGGAAUAUCCCGUAGAUGGAUUAUUUCAUCUUUGAAAAAUAAGAUGCAGAGAUGGUCUACAUCUGUGUGUCCCUCUCGCAGCAGAAUUUCCGUUGCACCUUACAGACUAGUUAACAUAGCAGGAGAACAAGAUAGAAGGAAAAGAUUCGCAGGCAAAGCUUCCUAUGUACGUCCUUCGAAACUUCGCAAUGAUGAACUGGCUUGGUUGAUGCGAAAUUGAAAAAAAAAUGUUUCUGUAGUAUGAACAAUUUUUAACAGUGAUAUAGGACCAC